AGAAAUGAACGCUGUACAGGCUGAAGCUGAAGUAAUUCGUUUUAUGAUAGGUUGUGAAAGUGGAAAGUACCUCCUCGGAAAUCCCCUUUGGCAUUUCCUUAUUGACAUCAAUUGGGCGCCGUUGUCGGAUAGAAUAAGUCCUACGCUGUGUUUUUGAACGCCUAGAAUGUGCGCUUGGUGAAAAGAGAGGCUGCUGCGUUGGCUCUGAAGGCGCCAUGGACUACUGAAGCGACUCGGGGAUCCAGUGGAUCGAGCAGCAGGCGGCGGGGGACCGGAGCAUCUUAUGGGCUUUGUUGGCGGAUAACCGACAUAUUGAACAGAGCUAAACUGGUUUCCCACAAGAGAACACAAUGUCACAAGGCCAAAACUUCCUGCCCAAGUUCCUGUUUGUGAGUAACCUCCUGAAGGCCAUGAAGAUCCGGGAGCGUGUGCCCCAUGACGUGGUUAAGCCGGCGGCCAGCAGCGGUCUCCUUCACCAUCUUCGUGGCAUGCACCGCUACACGCUGGAAAUGAUCAGGAUGAGCCAGUUCCCGCAGGCCUUUCGUGAGAUCAUCCAGUCUGCCAUCUUGGACCGGGCGAUGCAGACAUCCCUGGAGCAGGAGAAGAGGCUCAACUGGUGCCGUGAGGUCAAGAAGCUGGUGCCACUCCGGACAAAUGGUGAUGGGAAUUGCCUGCUCCAUGCAGCUUCACAGUACAUGCUGGGUGUCCAGGACACAGACCUGGUCCUGCGCAAGGCCCUUUACGCCGUGCUCAAAGAGACGGACACAAGUCAUUUCAGGGCACGCUUUCAGACGGAGCUGCUACACUCCCAGGAGUUCACCCAGACCGGCCUGCGCUACAGCACCACGAACUGGGAAGACGAAUGGGCGAAGAUAGUUGAUAUGGCGUCUCCUGUGACCAGCAGCAACGGUCUACAGUUUGACUCCUUGGAAGACAUCCAUAUCUUUGUGCUGUCAAAUAUCCUGCGCCGGCCAAUUAUCGUAAUCGCAGAUCAAGUGCUGAGGAGUAUGAAGUCUGGCUCCUCUUUUUCACCCCUCAAUGUAGGAGGCAUUUACCUGCCUCUUCACUGGCCUCCAGGAGAGUGCUACAAGUAUCCCAUAGUGCUCGGCUAUGACUCGCAACACUUUGCACCUCUAAUCACAAUCAAAGACAGUGGUCCAGAGUUUCGAGCCCUACCAUUGAUCAAUCCAGGAAGGGGAGGGUUCGAGGAGCUGCGCAUCCACUUUUUGACGGAGAAAGAGCAGCAACAGAAGGAGCGACUGCUAAAUGAGUAUCUGAUGCUCAUGGAGAUCCCUGUAAUUGGCCUGGGUUAUGACCCCACGCAGAUUAUCAGGGCAGCACGCCUCGAUGAGGGUAAUCUGCCUGAGGACAUGAACCUAAUGGAAGACUACCUGCAGCUGGUGAAUCAUGAGUACAAGCGGUGGCAGGAGGACAAGGAUGCACUGUGGCCACCCACGUCACAGCAGGCACCACCGCCCUUCUCUGUCUCACAGUUGUCGCUGAUAGAGAUCCGCUGUGCUACGCCGCGCUGCACCUUCUAUGUCUCGGUGGACACACAGCCGCACUGCCACCAGUGCUUCGAGAAGCGGCGCGCCAGCGGUAAGCACGAGGCUGUUACCAGUCGCCCCAACCGAACCAAUCAUGCCAACGCGCCGUCCGAGCCGACAGUCCCGAGCCCGCGCUCGGCGCCACCGACGGCACCCAGUCUGAGCCUGUACAGUGAGACGCACGCCAUGAAGUGCAAGACGCCCGGCUGUCUCUUCACGCUCAGUGUAGAGCACGACGGCUUGUGCGAACGCUGCUUCAAUACCCGUCAGGCAGGGAACGGGCAACCCCAGGGCCCUGCCCAUGGCUGGGGACAUGCUCAGUGGGGCCCCAGCACCCGAGAUCGAGACAAAGAUCGAGAAAGGGACACAGAGCACUGCACCGCAUGUAGGCAAGAGGCCUUUCGGACAUUCAACGGCCUUUGUCCGCCGUGCAUGCAAGGGAGUGCUGUUGCCCAGCAGCAGGAGCCCAGAAUGGACAUGCCAGGGUGGGCGCCAUCCAGGGAGCCGGAGCGCCCUGGUACCACUGGGCAUACGUGGAACCCACAGACUGCACGCCAGUGCAAACGCUCGGGCUGCCAGUUCUUCGGCACACCCGAGAAAUUAGGAUUCUGUACCAUUUGUUAUGUGGACUAUCAGACCAAUCACCAGGCAGCUCCAGCAGUGGUGCAGCCCAGACAUACAUCGGAGGCAGGUUUUCAAAACGUGCGGUGUCGUGGGCAAGGCUGCGGUGCCAUGGGCAAAGCCAUGCUCGAGGGCUACUGCAACAAGUGCUACGUGAAGGAGCAGAGCGCCAGACUGAAUGAAGCCGCUAGCAGAGGCUCCACUUCUCCUCCAGUCUUGCGAGCGCCCAAAACGCGUCCGACAGCGACACUCAGCCAGGUCCAGUGCCGCCGCAGCGGAUGUAAGAACGUGUCACCCGGCUGCACGGACUUGUGCCCGGACUGCCUGAAUCGCGGCGGGCAGCGCGAGGGCCGUCGUGCCCACGCGCCAAAAGAGAAGAGCAAGCAGCGUUGCAGGACACAAGGCUGCGAUCAUUAUGCCAACCAGGAAAAACAAGGCUACUGCAACGAGUGUGACCACUUUAAGCAGAUUUACCGGGGCUGAUGCUACCGGUUUCCUUUUCCGAAGAAGGGACUGGAACGGUUGCACGCCGGUGCGUGUGAAUCAUCUCCUACAUGGAAUUCCACAGCUAACUGAGCCACCUGUUUUCCGGGUGCCAGCAGUGGUGUAAACACUGGCAAUUUACCUCUUGAGCAAAGUUUUGAUCAUUUUUCUAUGUGAAUAAGACAGACGGGGCUGUUGAUAUAAAGAAACUGAUGAUACACUGGCAUCCAGUUGCAUACAUCUGUGCUAUCUGUGAUUUAUAUCAAACAGGGUAAUAAGAUUGUAAACAGUUUGUACAUUGCUGAGGAAAUUUGUGUGUCUGGGUGGGGGGACCUUCAAAAGAUCGAUUUUUCAAUUGUGAGCUGAAAAUGGUGAAAUUUGACCAAAGUAACUUCCAGAAUAAUCGCGACCAAGUUGAUGUACGUUGCUGCUGCAGAUCGCAGUAAUCCAGCGGGGCCUGUAGAAAAUACACAGGAGACACAGCUACAGGGUUACAGAGGCCUCAGAAAACCAGUUGAUUUCUUACAAAUGUAGGUUAAGUGCCAAUGAGUGUUCGCAAAGCAGAGCUCCAGUUUUCUUUUCUGCUGCACCAUUUGAUGUCUGCUGCCAAAUCGGACCUGUUGCCUUUGAGAUUUUUUUUUUGUUUGUUUAAAAAAAAACAAAAAAAAAAAACCUAUUUAUUUAUUAUUGCUCACUUUUUGUGGCCUGAUUUCGCCUUGCUGGACGUCGUUUGGUUUGUUUACGUUUACUUGCUACGGUGCUAGCUGAUGUUGGAGAUAUUCUAACAUUUUCCCCGUAGCUAAAAGAAAAGAGAAGAAUAAAUUCCGAAGUGCAAUAAAAACAGGUUCUCCAUCACACCUUAACAAAUAACACAUAAACACCUGCUUGAAGAGAAUCACCACAUCAAAGAAACAGCAACGCGAAAGAAUCGUGCAUGCAAGACAGGAUAGAUUCCUUUAUUAAGAAAAACAAAACAAAACAGCCAAACCAGACAAAUCAGAAAGUAAACACGCCAGUGUGUUGUGUACAUUCUUUUUUCGUGAGCACCCAGUUUAAUCUGCUUUAAAAAAAAAAAUGUACAAGGGAGUUUCCUUCCCUAUAUUUUACUUCUGCUAUGUUCACAUGAUGCCUCUAUUGCAUACAUUUGGUAUGCGAAAACACGUCCAUUGAACAUGACCACUGCUCCCAACGCUUGCAUAGAGAUGCACGUAGAAAACGUUGCUAUUUUGGCAACCGAGAAUCAAGCACGUGCAUUAGAUGUUUCAUUUCUGCCAGCUACGAUAGAGGAGAAACUAGAGAUGCGCAGGCCCCGUGUGCAGACGUGCUUUAUACAAAAGAUGCGUUCAAGAACAAUUCCCAGUCCCACUGUUAGGAGUGUUGGCUCUUCAACUACUGAGUCUGAAUUCAGUUCAGAUCACCAAUUUGCACAGAACGUAAUAAGCUGCUCUGGAAUUAGUUGAGGUAUUUCUGACUUACUUCUGACAUAUUUACAUUCCAACUGUAGACCUAGUUUAAAAAAAAUACCACUUUUUUUUUUUUUUCUUUGUGGGUAGGGGGGGUGUGUUUGGUAUUUAUUCACAAUAAACAUUAUCUGUAUUGUGUUACAAUAAUUAUUUAUAUGUUGUUCUGGAAUAAAUUAUUUUUAAUAGGAAAAGUUGAA